AUGAUGACGACGCCCACCCCGAUGCUUGGCUUCCUUGCGCUCUACAUUCCGCGCACGAGGGCCAAAUCCCAGCGCUACCUCGCCGCCGGCUUACUCACGGCCAUGCUCGUCCGCACCCUCGGGAUGCGCCGCGUGCUUCUCGGCCUCCGCCCUUUUGCCUACAAGCUCUUGACAGCUGCCAAGGCAGAGUACGACACGCAGCUUCGUCCGUUGCCUGACAAUGUCGAGACCAUCCAGACGCUGCAGGCGACAGUCGCCACCCAAGACACGACCAUUGCCCACCUCACGACCAACGUCGCCGACCUCCACGAAGCCGCGCGGGUCCAGCGCGUCACUGCUACCGAGAUCAGCGCCGACCUCAAGGUCCAAGUACACAAUUUGAAGAUUCGACUGCACCGCACGACCGAGUGCGCGGCCCAAAACACCAAGGCGCUGCAGACCGUCGUCGCCUCCAAAGACGCAACGCUUGCCGCCAGAGACAAUACGAUCACCGAGCUCCGAGCCCAAGUCGCUGCGCUGCACGAAGCCGCUCGGGUCCAGCGUGUGACGGCUACAACCAUCAGCGCCGACCUCAAGGUCGAGCUCCACAAUACCAAGAUCCAGCUGCACCGCACCGAGGAGCGCGCGCAGCGCGACCUGACCGAGCUCCGCACCGCGUUCAGCACGCUCCAGCAAGAGCACCGCGCACUCGACAUAGCAGCGACCUCGACCGCCGCCGUGUCUGCAAUACGACUGGCCCACGCCCAACAAGACAACGUGGCGGUCAAGGGUCUCGCUGCAGCGGCCAUUGCAACACUUGCCGACUGCCGACGAAAGCACCAACUGGAGAUGAAAGCAGUCGCAUCGGCCGCCAAACGCACCCAGAUCCAGUUGUUUCAGUGCAAGCGGGUCCUUGCAGCGGUCGCCGACGAGGCUGUCACGGCUCAGAACGCGCUCCGUCAAGUCACUGCCGAGCGCGACACGAUGGCUGCCGCCAACGACCAACUCGCCUCCGAGCUGCGAGCGACCAAAACGCGGGUAGCAGCACUGGACGCCUCGUCGAUGGCCGCUUUGGAGCGCGAGCACCAAGCUCGUCUGGACACAAACCGGACGAUGGACGAGCAGCGCACCGUUCAUCACGAGCGACUGCAAGCAGCGAGAACGCAGCACCAAGCGCUCGACAACACGAUGCAAACCAUGGCAAACCGGCACGCUGCGCGUCUCGCAGAAGCCGCCGCGCACCUCGCCGACGCCGACGUCUGGCGUGCAAGAGCGCACGCAGCAAGAAUAUCGCAGCUGAUCAUCCGCGACGUCCAGCAGCGCAAGCUGCAAGACCAGAUCCGGACGCUGCAGAUCGCUCUCGACACCGCCAACGCGAACCGCCAAGCCGACGAUCAAGCCCACGCGGUGGCCACCAGCGUCCUCGAAACAAGACACGAGCACGAGGUCCGGGUGCGGAACCAGGAGUAUGCGGCCAUGAUGCUGCAGCGCGACCGGCGCAUCCGUGACCUCGAGGCGACACGCCGGUUAGGUGGUGUAUUUAGGAAAAAGAAGCGUUAG